AUGUUCUUCAGCCGUGGAGCGAUUUCGCUCGCAGUGCUUUCACUGCUCAGCUCCUCUGCCGCAGGGGAGACUUUCGAGAAGCUGUCCGCCGUUCCCAAGGGAUGGCACUACUCUAGUGCCCCUGAAGGCAACACCUCGGUUUGUCUGAAGAUCGCCCUCGCGCAGAAUGAUGUUGCUGGCUUCGAAAAGAGCGUCUUGGAGAUGUCGGAUCCCGACCACCCCAGCUACGGCCAACACUUCACCACCCACGAUGAGAUGAAGCGCAUGCUUCUCCCCAGGGAUGACACCCUUGAUGCCGUUCGACAGUGGCUUGAAAACGGCGGCGUGACCGACGUUAGACAGGAUGCCGACUGGAUCAACUUCUGUACUACUGUCGAGACCGCGAACAAGCUCUUGAAUGCUCAAUUCAAGUGGUACGUCAGCGAUGUGAAGCACAUCCGCCGUCUCAGAACCCUGCAGUAUGAUAUCCCCGACUCGGUCGCCUCUCACUUGGACGUGACCGCCCUUGCCGCUGCUGUCGUUGCAAAGAACAUCUCGCACUGUGAUUCCAUCAUUACCCCCACCUGUCUGAAGGAACUUUACAACAUUGGUGACUACCAGGCGGAUCCCAACUCGGGCAGCAAGAUCGCCUUCGCCAGCUAUCUGGAGGAGUACGCGCGGUACGCUGACCUGGAGAACUUUGAGAACUACCUUGCUCCCUGGGCUAAGGGCCAGAACUUCUCCGUGACUACCUUCAACGGUGGUCUCAAUGAUCAGAACUCCUCGUCCGACUCCGGUGAGGCCAACCUGGACCUGCAAUAUAUCCUCGGUGUCAGCGCCCCAUUGCCCGUCACUGAGUUCAGCACCGGAGGCCGUGGCCCCCUCAUCCCUGAUCUGACCCAGCCCGACCCCAACGCCAACAGCAAUGAGCCGUACCUUGAGUUCUUCCAGAAUGUGUUGAAGCUUGACCAGGAGCACCUUCCCCAGGUCAUCUCCACCUCCUAUGGAGAGAAUGAACAGGAAAUCCCCGAGAAGUACGCUCGCACCGUUUGCAACCUGAUCGCCCAGCUCGGCAGCCGCGGUGUUUCCGUUCUCUUCUCCUCCGGUGACUCCGGUGUUGGCGAGGGCUGCUUGACCAACGACGGCACCAACCGGACUCACUUCCCUCCCCAGUUCCCCGCCGCUUGCCCGUGGGUCACCUCCGUCGGCGCCACCUUCAAGACCACCCCUGAGCGCGGCACCUACUUCUCCUCCGGCGGUUUCUCCGACUACUGGGGCCGUCCCGAAUGGCAGGAUGAGGCCGUGAGCAGCUACCUCGAGACGAUCGGCGACGCAUUCAAGGGCCUGUACAACCCCUCCGGCCGUGCCUUCCCCGACGUCGCAGCCCAGGGCAUGAACUUCGCCGUCUACGACAAGGGCUCCUUGGGCGAGUUUGACGGCACCUCCGCCUCUGCCCCGGCCUUUAGCGCUGUCAUCGCCCUCCUGAACGAUGCCCGUCUCCGCGCCGGCAAGCCCACUCUCGGCUUCCUGAACCCCUGGCUGUACAAGACCGGCCGCCAGGGUCUGCAAGACAUCACCCUCGGUGCUAGCACUGGCUGCACCGGUCGCUCUCGCUUCGGCGGCGCCCCUGAUGGCGGUCCUGUCGUGCCCUUUGCUAGCUGGAACGCUACGCUGGGCUGGGACCCCGUUACUGGUCUUGGAACUCCCGACUUCGCCGAGCUCAAGAAGCUUGCCCUUGGCAACUAA